UAUGGCGGCCCCCAUGAAGUUCCCACCGGCUUUAGCAAUGACUUUUUGAUUCCACUUUUGUUUGUUAUUUUCAUGGAAGACCUGAUUGAAUUUUGAAGCAUGAUAAAACUUAAGAUAUUCAUAAGUCAUAUAUAGCGUCAGCUGCAUGUAAUUUUAUUCAUUUUUGUAAAUUACGCCUAAAUUCACAAUGCAAUGUCUCUUCCAACCAAGGCGGAUCCUUUUCAAUCUGACACCUCUAGCUACAGUCAGAAUAUCAAAGAACCAGGUUGGAAAUAUAUAUUUCAACUUUUGGUUUAAGAGAAAAAAUUCAUUUUCAUAUUCACAUCAAUUUUCAAAUGGGUCUAGAGGAGCAGCUGGCAAGGCAGAGGCUAGGUUAAAGAAACUGAAAAGAAAACUUGAAAACCAAGAAAAAAUUGUAUCAAGUGAUGGAAAAAAAAUUUCAUCAGCUGACAAAAGUUCCUUGAAGUGGAAUGAAAAGGAAGUUGUGAAAUAUGAAUUGCCCACCAAACCAGGAUAUAAAAAAGACAUAUCCCAGCCACUUCCAAAGGGAUAUAGUCCAUCGUAUGUUGAAGCUGCUUGGUAUGAAUGGUGGGAGAAAAUGGGAUUUUUUGAGCCUCAGGAGAAGUCAUCACCUGGAACCAAACCAUUUGUUAUGUGCUUACCCCCUCCCAAUGUCACCGGAAACCUUCAUCUUGGGCACACUUUGACUGUGGCGAUAGAAGACAGUAUCGUCAGAUGGAACCGAAUGUGCGGCAGAGAAACACUAUGGUUGCCAGGAUGUGAUCAUGCUGGGAUUGCGACACAAGUUGUCGUUGAGAAGCAGUUGAUGUCUGACACAGGUCAAAGUCGACAUGACCUAGGGCGUGAGAAAUUUGUUGAGGAAGUCUGGAAAUGGAAGAACCAAAAAGGAGGAGAAAUAUACAAACAGUUGAAGCGACUUGGAGCAUCUUUGGACUGGACACGAGAACGAUUCACAAUGGACGAGGUUUUUUCUCGAGCUGUGACUGAGGCAUUUAUCCGUCUCCAUGAUGAUGGCAUCAUAUACCGUAGCAACCGUCUUGUCAACUGGUCUUGUGCUUUGAAGUCUGCCAUUUCUGAUAUUGAGGUUGAUCAAGUAUCUCUAAGUGGUAGGACACAUUUGUCUGUCCCAGGUUAUGAAGAUAAGGUAUUAUUUGGAUGCCUGGAAGAAUUUGCAUACCCUUUGCAUAACUCAGGAGGUGAGAUAGUCGUUGCAACAACUAGAAUCGAAACGAUGCUCGGCGACACUGCUAUUGCCGUCAAUCCUGAUGAUCCAAGAUAUGCCCAUAUGGUAGGGGGCGCUGCAGUACAUCCGUUUACAGGACAGCGGCUUCCAAUUAUAUCUGAUGUUUCCGUAGAUAAAGACUUUGGUACAGGUGCAGUGAAGAUCACACCAGGUCAUGAUCACAAUGAUUAUGAAAUUGGACAAAGACAUGACUUAGCAACCAUAACAGUUAUUGAUGAAGAUGGCAACAUGGCCAACACUGCAGCUCAGUUUCAAGGUAUGAAGAGAUUUUUAGCCAGGACAGCAGUCUUAGAGGCACUGAAGGAGAAGAACUUAUACAGAGGCACCAAGGACAACCCUAUGGUGGUCCCUAUAUGCAGUCGUUCUAAAGACAUUGUUGAGCCUCUUCUCAAGUCUCAGUGGUUUGUGGACUGCACUGAGAUGGCUGCUGCUGCCGUGCAAGCAGUUGAGGAUGGAGAUUUGAAGAUAAUCCCUGACAUGCACAUAAAAACCUGGAAUCAGUGGUUGAAAAACAGCAGAGACUGGUGUUUAUCAAGACAACUUUGGUGGGGUCAUCGUAUCCCAGCAUACUUUGUGACGAUUGAUAAUGAUGAUGCAUCAGGAAAGAAUACUGAUGCAGAAUACUGGGUGAGUGCCCACUCAGAGGAAGAGGCAAAACAUAAAGCUGCCAAGAGGUUUGAUGUACAAGCUAGCAAUAUCACAUUAACUCAAGAUGAAGAUGUAUUGGACACUUGGUUCUCGUCAGGCCUCUUCCCAUUUGCUGUACAUGGAUGGCCUGAAAAAACUCCUGACCUGUCACACUAUUACCCGUCUACUCUACUGGAGACAGGCUAUGAUAUACUGUUUUUCUGGGUUGCAAGAAUGGUAAUGCUUGGCCAGAGACUAACAGGGCAAGUCCCAUUUAAGCAGGUGUACCUUCACUCAAUGGUGCGUGAUGCACACGGGCGCAAGAUGAGUAAAUCCCUUGGAAAUGUCAUUGAUCCAAUUGAUGUCAUCGAAGGCAUAUCCCUUAAUGCUUUGCAAGACCGCCUCAGAAGUGGCAACUUGAAGCAUGAUGACACAGAGUUAAAUGUUGCCCUCAAGGGUCAGAGGGCAGACUUUCCAAACGGGAUUCCAGAAUGUGGGACCGAUGCUCUUAGAUUCGCCCUUUGUACUUAUAAGGCACAAGGAGAUGAUAUUAACUUGAAUGUUCAACAAGUUCUAGAAUACAGACAUUUUUGCAACAAAAUUUGGAAUGCUGUCAAAUUUAGCUUUAUGGUUUUUGGAGAUGACUUCAAACAUAUGAAAAUGGAAGAUAUAAUGCAGAAUAGCAGAGCAAUUGAUCGCUGGAUCCUUUCUCAGCUCAGCCAUACUGCAGAAAUUUGUAAUUCUGGUUUCCAUGGCUACAAUUUGACGGUGGUGACAACAGCAUUACAUCACUUCUGGUUGCAGUGUCUUUGUGACGUGUACUUGGAAACUAUUAAACCAUUUAUAAAUGAUGAUAAAUCAACAGCAGCUAAGGUGUCUCGCUCUGUCCUUUUCACUUGUAUUGAUGCUGGUCUGAGGCUUCUAAGCCCCUUCAUGCCAUACCUCACAGAAGAGCUUUACCAAAGGUUGCCAGGCCUAAUGGACGUUUCUAGUAUUUGUGUUUCCCGGUAUCCAACUAUUAUUGAACUUCCUUAUAAGGAUGUUCCACUUGAGGAGGAUACAGAUUUAAUGUUGGGAGUUGCGAGGAGUAUACGAUCACUCAAAGUGCAAUAUGAAGUGAAACAAGUAAAUGCUUUUGUUGUCUGCCGUACUGAUGAUACCCACUCUGUGCUCAUGAAUUAUCAAGGGGAUUUACAGACUUUAACUAAAGCAGCCUCAGUUGAUGUUCUAUUUGAUGUCGCUAUUCCCUCUGGAUGUGCUGUGUCUACCGUAUCACCAUCUUGUGAUGUAGCUGUGCAGUUAAAGGGAGUGGUAGAUAUAACAAAUAUAACAAAGAAACUCCAAAUGAAAGAGAUAAAACUAAACUCACAACUUGAAAAUUUGAUAAAAGCAACAGAAAUAAAGCAUUACAAUGAGAAGGUGCCUAAUGAAAUAAGACAGCAAAAUAGUGAGAAGAUUCAGAAGCUUGUACUGGAGUUGGAAAAUAUCAAACGAAUGUUGGAAACUUUACUGAAUACUAAAUCAUGACGGCCAAUCAAAUCAGCUACUCAGCAGAUCAUGUGAUUGGAAUUCAUCCUACCAAACUGUGGAGAACACGCUGUAAUAACUGCUCAUAUUGGCCUAUAUCCAGUGUAUGAACACUUUGCUCCAUAUAAAACACUAAUGUAGAACACAAAUGUUGAAAAUCGCAAUAUCAUUGCAAACACAUGGGUUAAAAGACUAUUAUGCAUCUGCAGCGUGAUUAUCACUUACACUAUACUUAAAGGCAGCAUGGAUAAAAAAUAUGGUUUGAUAUAUUGUACAACUGAUUUUCUAAGACAAAAAUAGUGGAAACUCAGAUUGGUUAAUGAGAUAAAUAAUAAUAAAAUACAAAUGAAAUGAAUACAGUAAGUAGCAACUCUGUAGACUAACGAAAUGAUUAUUCACCUGAUGAAGCUAGCUCAAGUUAGCGAAAGCUUGUGUUUCAAUAAAUUUCCUUAAUCUAAAGAAGGUGCUACUGUACUCAUUUCAUUUGUAUUUUAUGCUACAGACUAAUACGGCUCCUACUUUAAUAAUAAUAAUAAUAGUUCAUUCUUAUAUAGCGCAAGUUUCAGCAAGCUCUCAGUGCACUGUACAUAAAAAACAGAAUAAGUAUGUCAUGUUAAAUUAAUGAAAAAAUUGAUGGAAAAUAAAGGUCUUUAGCUUGGUUUUAAAAGAUAAUGAGGUAAUGUGCUAACUGGUGCCAAACAAAACACAAAUGCACUUGAUCAGCUAUUUGCUAUUAAUUUACAAUACAUAGCAAGGAUACAGACAAAUAUAGAAACAACUGAUCAUGAACUAUUAAUUAUAUUUAUCAGGAUAAUUGGUUGAUGGUUUCUGAACUUCUACUGUUUAUCUUAUUACUACUGUAUUAUAUUAUUAUUAUCAGAAAUUAAACAAAUAGCAGAGGCCUAU